AAAUACGAAGUACUCUGACAAAAAGUGAUCGUGAGCGUAAAGUUAGAUAGAGAGAGAUAGUAAGAGAGGAAACAAAAAUAUAGAUAUCCAAAAGGAGAAUUCUUUUGUUCUUUCUUCAAUUUGAUAUUUAUACCUUUCUUCAUCUACUUGUCAAUAUCACUGACUCUUCUUCCACUUUUUACUAAUCCUACAUAUAUAUUCAAAAAGAGAUCAAUUUUUUCUAUAUGUAACAUUCAUCCUCUUUGGUUUGGUUUUUUAUUUUUUAUUUCUCUCUCUCUCUCUGUCUUUAUUCUAGAGAGAUCGAGAUCAUGAAGAACACCGAAGAACAAAUGAUAUCGCUCUUUGGAAUUCCUCUUUCUGAUAAACCGAGAUGGCAACAAUUUCUCAUCUGUUCUUCCGGUUUUUUCUUUGGUUACCUCGUUAAUGGCAUCUGUGAGGAAUAUGUGUACAACCGGCUUAAAUUCAGUUAUGGAUGGUAUUUCACAUUUGCGCAAGGAUUGGUGUAUAUUGCUCUGAUUUACAUGCAUGGCUUCAGGACGAAGCAAAUGGUGAAUCCAUGGAAGACUUACGUGAAAUUAUCUGGUGUUCUUAUGGGAUCUCACGGCCUCACCAAAGGCUCCUUGGCUUAUCUCAAUUACCCUGCUCAAAUCAUGUUCAAAUCCACUAAGGUUUUGCCGGUUAUGGUAAUGGGAGCAUUUAUACCUGGGUUGAGAAGAAAGUACCCAGUCCACGAGUACAUAUCCGCUUUGCUACUUGUAAUUGGUUUGAUCUUAUUCACAUUAGCUGAUGCCCAUUCAUCCCCAGACUUUAGCAUAAUUGGGGUUAUGAUGAUCUCGGGCGCUCUCAUCAUGGACGCCUUUCUUGGUAACUUGCAAGAAGCUAUCUUCACGAUGAAUCCCGAGACAACACAAAUGGAGAUGUUGUUCUGCUCGACGGUAGUUGGUUUACCGUUCUUACUCGCACCAAUGAUUCUUACCGGAGAGCUCUUCACAGCUUGGACUUCAUGUGCUCAACAUCCAUAUAUAUAUGGAGUGUUGGUGUUCGAAGCCAUGGCAACAUUUAUCGGACAAGUCUCUGUUUUAUGCCUCAUUGCGCUCUUUGGCGCAGCCACAACUGCUAUGAUAACAACGGCGAGAAAAGCAGUUACGUUGUUGUUGUCGUACUUGAUAUUCACUAAGCCUUUAACGGAACAGCAUGGCUCGGGAUUGUUACUCAUCUCUAUGGGAAUUAUCCUUAAAAUGGUUCCAGAUCCAAAUCCAAACCCGAAAUCUUCGAGUUCGGGUCAAACACCCCAGAAGCUGGAACGGGUUAAGUUUGAGAAGGAAGACGAUGAAGAGAGUCGGUCUUUGGUCUAAUAAACGACGAGAGAAAUGUUUCAAAACUCAAUUCUUAGUUCGUUUCACAUUUUUUAUCGUCAAUAUGUUUUGUGUUAUUAGAAAGUAGAUUUUGUUUUACUUCUUUGUAGUUCAGAAUCUUUUAACUCGAAACUUCAAUUUGAAACUUGAUCAAUACAAAUGCAAAGAAAAUGUUUGGGUUUUUUCA